ACAGCUUGUGGAAACAGCUCACGUUAUGGACAGGGCCAUCUGCUGAAGCGUGCUGUAGAGUGCCAGCUUCUCCAAGCCUGACCAGCCAUUUGUCCUUAAGAGACCUGACAUGCAGUGACCCAUCCACGUAAGCAGCAGCAAGCAAUAAAUCGCCUUUCUGCAAAUGUAUUGAUUUAUAAAGUUGAGAAACCAAGUGCAUUGAAGCCUGAGCUUUUGUCUUAAUAUAGCCGUGAUUCAGUGCCUUCUUCCUCAAGUGGCUCUGGUGCUCAGAGGAAUGUCUGGAAUCCUGCGAGAACUGAAGCAGCAGGUCUGCAGUUCCAUUGACCAGGCCAGGGACAAACUCCAUCGAUUAGGAACGGCCAUAUGGCACUGCCCGGAGCUGGCAUACAAAGAAAGGCAGUCUCAUGACAUACUGGUGCGUUUUUUUUUUUUUGAAGUGGAAACCAGGUGGAACGUUGAGCCGCACUUCAAACUGGACACUGCGUUCCGUGCCUCAUGGGGGCCGGUGGGAGGCAGCGACAGCGACCCCACAGUAAACAUUGGAUUCUUGUGUGAAUAUGAUGCUCGGCCAGGAAUAGGACAUGCAUGUGACCACAACUUGACCGCAGAAGCUGGAGCUGUAGCAGCAGUGGGCCUGAGGGCUGCAUUGAAGAGCGUUGCAGACCGUCCAGUGCACGCCAAGGUGACUGUGCUGGGAACUCCAGCAGAAGAGGAAGGUGGGAGGAAGACUGACCUGCUGCGGGAAGGAGCCUUUGAGGAUGUGGAUGUCGUGUUAAUGGCCCAUCCCUCUCAGGAGGAUGCCACCUACAUCCCUGAUGUGGCUGAACAUGAUGUGGUGGUGAAGUACCAUGGACGAGCAUCUCAUGCGUCUGCGUACCCCUGCGAAGGCGUGAAUGCAUUAGAUGCUGCCGUGAUGGCCUACAGCAACCUCUCUGUGCUCCGGCAGCAGCUCAGGCCUGACUGGAGGAUCCACGGGAUCAUAAAGCACGGAGGUGUGAAGCCCAAUAAUGUCCCUGAUUACAGUGAGCUAGAGUAUUAUUUACGCACCCCCUCCCACAGGGACCUGGCCACUAUCAGAGCCAAGGUGGAGGCCUGCUUCAGAGCUGCUGCCAUGGCAACAGGCUGUGAGGUCGAGAUCCUGUUUGUGAAGAACGAGUUUUACGAAAUCCUGAGGAACCACACACUGGAGGGCCUGUAUGAGGAGAAUGGAACUCUAGGAAUGAACUUUAUCACAGAGGACUCCUCUGGCUCUUCAGAUUUUGGGAAUGUGACCCAUGCUCUUCCUGCUCAUACUUAUUUCUACAUCGGAUCUGAUGCCCUCAAUCACACUGAGGAAUAUACAGCUGCUUCUGGUGCAGAGAAGGCUCAGUUUUUCACCCUCCGUGCUGCCAAAGCCCUGGCUAUGACUGCAGUGGAUGUGCUCUUUGGCCCAGGGGUUCUAGAAAGGGUCAGGAAAGAGUUUACAGAGGCCAAAGUCAUUGAGGAAGAAGGCCUGAAACGCCAGCAAAAAAAACAUGCUGAAGCAGAGCCCAACAAGAGCCAAGAUGCAACCACAUACAACACAGUUUAAAGGCAUAACUUGGAGAAAAUCUUAGUUUUAAUUUCUCAGACCACUAUUUUAUAUUUUAAAGGUAGCAAUUAGGAACAGGAAUGGUUAGUCAUGGUUAGUUUUGUGUGUGUUGUGCUGGUAUGAGUGGAUCAGACACAGCAGUGCUGCUGGAGUUUUUAAACACCUCAGUGUUAUUGCACACACUAACACACCACCACCACAUCAGUGUUA